CACUGUCGGCGGGGCGCUGGGCGUGGGAUGGGGGUGGCUGUCGGAGCCGGGGCGCUCGGAAGGGACGGAAAUAGCUGUAACACCGACGGGGCGCUCUGAGGGGACGGUGUUGGUGUGGCACUGUUGCACGCUUCAGAAGCCGGCCGAACCCGGUGGCCAUGGGGAUGUGGGCGUCGCUGGACCCCAUGUGGGAGAUGCCGGCCGAGAAGCGUAUCUUUGGGGCCGUGCUGCUCUUCUCCUGGACCGUGUAUCUCUGGGAGACCUUCCUAGCACAGCGGCAGAGACGGAUAUAUAAAACAACAACUCAUGUACCAAUGGAAUUAGGACAGAUCAUAGAUUCAGAAACGUUUGAGAAAUCUCGACUGUAUCAGCUGGAUAAAAGUACCUUCAGCUUCUGGUCAGGACUCUAUUCAGAGAUUGAAGGCACUCUUAUUCUUCUCUUUGGAGGAAUCCCUUAUCUCUGGAGACUUUCUGGACGAUUUUGUGGCUCUGCUGGCUUUGGACCAGAAUAUGAGAUCACUCAGUCUUUGGUGUUUCUGCUGAUGGCUACACUUUUUAGUGCAUUGACUGGUUUGCCAUGGAGUCUUUAUAAUACUUUUGUGAUAGAAGAAAAACAUGGUUUCAAUCAACAGACUCUGGGGUUCUUCAUGAAAGAUGCAAUCAAAAAAUUUAUUGUGACUCAGUGCAUUUUAUUGCCUGUGUCUUCACUUCUACUUUACAUUAUUAAAAUUGGGGGUGACUAUUUUUUUAUUUACGCCUGGCUGUUCACAUUAGCUGUUUCUCUGGUGCUUGUCACAAUCUAUGCUGAUUAUAUUGCCCCUUUAUUUGACAAAUUCACACCGCUACCUGAGGGAAAGCUUAAACAAGAAAUUGAAAUAAUGGCAAAGAGUAUUGACUUUCCAUUGACUAAGGUGUAUGUUGUUGAAGGAUCUAAACGCUCUGCCCACAGCAAUGCUUAUUUUUAUGGCUUCUUCAAGAACAAGCGAAUAGUUUUGUUUGACACUCUACUAGAAGAGUAUUCUGUACUAAACAAAGACAUCCGGGAGGAGUCUGGCAUGGAACCCCGCAAUGAUGGAGAAGGGGACAGUGAAGAAAUAAAAGCUAAAGUUAAAAAUAAGAAACAAGGAUGCAAUAAUGAGGAGGUCCUUGCUGUACUAGGCCAUGAACUGGGGCAUUGGAAGUUGGGACACACAGUCAAAAAUAUCAUUAUUAGCCAGAUGAAUUCUUUCCUGUGUUUCUUCUUGUUUGCUGCAUUAAUUGGUCGAAAGGAGCUUUUUGCUGCAUUUGGUUUUUUUGACAGCCAACCCACUCUAAUUGGACUAUUGAUCAUCUUCCAGUUUAUUUUUUCACCGUAUAAUGAGGUUCUUUCUUUUUGCCUAACAGUGCUGAGCCGCAGAUUUGAGUUUCAAGCUGAUGCAUUUGCCAAGAAACUUGGAAAGGCUAAAGACUUAUAUUCUGCUUUAAUCAAACUAAACAAAGAUAACUUGGGAUUCCCCGUUUCUGACUGGCUAUUUUCCAUGUGGCAUUAUUCCCACCCUCCACUAAUCGAGAGACUUCAAGCUUUGAAAAAUUCUAAACAAGACUGAGUUUCCCAGCUCCUGCAACUGACGGCAUUUCUAAUUAUUUCUGUCCUGACAGCAUGUUCCGGCUCUUGAUGUUUUUAAACUUUUCUUUUUAAAGAAAACUAUUAAGUACAGAAAAGACCAGAUUUAAAUAUUUUUAAUCCCAUUUCA